AUGGCUGGUGAAGGUCGAAAACGAAAAAAGGCUCGAUUCCGAUCCCCUAUCAUGGAGCUGGAUUACUCCAUCACAAUCACACCAACCCAAACUUCCCAACUAGGUGUUCGUGACGAGGGGUAUUUACGGGCUGCCCGAGUGGAACUCAGAGAUAAGAUGGAUGGGAUCUUCCGUGCCGGGGAACUUCGACCAUCAUACCUCGGUGCAUUGUGGGCCUCGGAACAGAAUAUGGAGCCGGACGGCACCCUGCGCUCACCUCGAUCGAACGACCCUCCUCCCUUUCCCCAGGACGGGGCGCCAGAUGCAGAGAAACCUCACUGGACAGCAGUCAAUCGGCCGCGUGCCGAGGUAGCCCCGGCCUGGUACCAAGGGGAGCUCCGGAAGGCAAACGCAAUCAGCAUCCGGGAGAAAGUCAGCAACCGGGAGAAAGCUGGCAGUUGUCCUUGGACGGUAAAGACACAGUGGAGGAAAGCCGUGAACGGCAGAUUGCUGGCCAAGCAGACAAGGCGGGCAUUCGACAACGAUGGCCAACGAGCAGAAGCCCGCCGGGUCCGGAAAGCAUUGAGAAAAUCAGCUCGUGACGGGGAGGGAAACCGGCGUUGA